CAACUUCAGGUCAACAAUUCAUCGUGAGACUGACCAGCAAACACCUUUUCUGAAACGCCUUUCCUGGACAUUGCAAUCUACCCACGAUAAAAUCAUGGCACACGAAACAUCCAAAGACGCGAUCACGGAGGACGAGAUUGCGGGCACAGCACCUACAGCCUCGUCGUCAGCCUCGCCCGCCCGCAACGCAUUCUCAGCCCUCAUGGCGCCAAAGCGGAAAGCUGCCCCUCCAAGCCCAAAACCUGCGAAGAAGAAAUACAACAAAGACAUGCGCGACGGCCUAGACGAUUACAUCCUCCAUCCCGAAACUUACUCCUCCUCCCGCGUGAUAUACUACGGCUCCGCCUUUGUUGCUAUCAAUGACCUCUACCCCAAGUCCAGCGUACAUACCCUCCUUCUGCCACGAACGGAACAUAAGGAUAUGCAUCCCUUUGACGCGUUCGAUGAUCCUGCAUUCUUGGCUGCGGUACGGGAACAAGUCAAGAAGCUACGGCAUAUUGUGGGCAAGGAACUACAAAGUAGAUAUGGACCAUAUUCUAAACAAGACAUCCCCCGAGAAAAGGUGCUCAACGGGGAAGUCGAGCCCGCAGAAGAUGGCGUUCUACCAGUUGGGAGGGACUGGGACAAAGAAGUUAUGGCUGGAAUACAUGCUCAUCCUAGCAUGAAUCAUCUACACGUCCAUGUCUUGAGUGUAGACAGAUAUUCAGAGUGCCUGAAACAUAGAAAGCAUUAUAAUAGCUUUGCUACGGAGUUCUUUGUGCCGAUUGAGGACUUUCCGUUGGCUAAGGAUGAUGAGCGGAGACAUGGACAUGACUUGAAGCAGGAUAUGAAGUGUUGGAGGUGUGGGAUGAAUUUUGGGAAUAAGUUUGCCAAGUUGAAAGAGCAUUUGGCUGAGGAGUUCAAGGAGUGGAGGAAAGAGUAAGGGUUUCUCGUAUUACGGAUAGGCGUUUGGGAGUGGAACACAGUCUACAGAAGACUCGGAAGGCGUAUCAGGUGGACUCAAAGACAUCUUCAUGAAGACAGAGCAUUACAGACCACAGCAGGAAUUGACAGACG